CCGCUGGAGCCCGGCAGUCCCUAGCGCAGGCUGCGGGCUUUCUGCAAGUCAUCGGGGCCGGCGGACGCUUCCCGCGCUGCCCUCCCGCUCCCCCAGCCCAGCGCAUCCACUCGGGAAUUUUUGGGUUUGUUGUUUUUUUUUUUUUAAUUUUAUUUUUUUAUUUUAUUUUCCUCCCCCGUGCUGUAUGUAUUGGUUUUCCUCGUCACCCGCCACGGUUAACUUCCCUGUGACUCGGUUUAACUCUUGAGAUCUACGUGGAUGUUGCUAAGAGCACUUCUCUUGCCUUUGCUGUCCCUUGCUGGGAUCGGAUUCACACUACCCGGACCCUGUGUGCCUGUAUGUGUGUUCUGAGUGUCUUGACAUUUUGGUUCCUUUACAAGAGCUAUGCAUUAAUUGUAACCAAGACCUGUGAGUGACCAUAGGCUUGGCUUGACCUUGAUUUUGAUGGCUUUGUUGGAAGAUCUAAUGAUGUGAUUGCAUUUCAUGAGGUGAUUGCUCUCCAGCCUCCGUGGCUCAGAGUAUAAACCGCUUCUGCCACACUGUCACUCAUGGACAAUUCAGAUUUUUUUUUUUAAACAAACCUUUUGGCUAUCCUUAUUUUCUCACUCCUCCUUUCCCUGCUGUUUCUCCUUAAUGCUGGGAGCCUUAUUCUACCCUCUGAUGUGAUUGAUAGUCCUGCUGCUUCGUGCUGCUGAUUUCUGGUUUAAAAUACAAUGGCUCUAAGUGGCAACUGCAGGACUUACCUGCCUCCUCGGGAGCAGGGGACUGGACUGCACUCCUUCCCAGAGGUAGUGGAGCUCAACGUGGGUGGCCAGGUUUACUUCACUCGCCACUCCACCUUGGUUGGCACCCCUCACUCCCUGCUGUGGAAAAUGUUCACCCCAAAGAGAGACACAGCCAACGAUCUGGCCAAGGACUCCAAGGGAAGAUUCUUCAUUGACAGAGAUGGUUUCCUUUUCCGCUAUAUUCUGGACUAUCUCAGGGACAAGCAAGUGGUUCUACCCGACCACUUCCCAGAGAAGGGAAGGCUCAAAAGGGAGGCUGAGUACUUCCAGCUCCCAGACUUGGUCAAACUCCUGACUCCCGAUGACAACAAGCAAAGCCCUGAUGAUUAUUGCCACAGUGACUACGAAGAGGUCUCCCAAGGCAGUGACACGAGAAUAUGCCCACCCUCAUCGCUCUUACCGUCGGAUCGGAAGUGGGGAUUCAUUACCAUUGGGUACCGGGGGUCAUGCACUAUUGGCAGGGAGAGCCAAGCAGAUGCCAAAUUCAGGAGGGUCCCAAGGAUUUUAGUUUGUGGAAGGAUUGCUCUGGUCAAAGAGGUCUUUGGAGAAAGUUUGAAUGAAAGCAGAGACCCGGACAGGGCUCCAGAAAGGUACACCUCCAGGUUUUAUCUCAAGUUCAAGCACCUGGAGAGGGCUUUCGAUAUGUUGUCCGAGUGUGGAUUCCACAUGGUGGCCUGUAACUCCUCGGUGACAGCUUCCUUCAUCAACCAGUACACAGACGACAAGGUCUGGUCCAGCUACACUGAAUAUGUCUUCUACCGUGAGCCCUCCCGGUGGUCCUCGUCCCACUGCGACUGCUGCUGCAAGAACGGCAAAGGCGACAAGGAGGGCGAGAGUGGCACCUCCUGCAACGAGCUGUCGACGUCCAGCUGCGACAGCCAGUCGGAGGCCAGCUCCCCCCAGGAGACCGUCAUCUGCGGCCCCGUCACCCGCCAGACCAACAUACAGACUCUGGACCGGCCAGCCAAGAAGGGCCCUGUGCAGAUGCUGCAGCAGUCCGAGAUCCGCAGGAAGAGCGACCUGCUCCGGACUCUCACCUCCGGCUCCCGGGAGUCCAACUCCAGCAAGAAAAAAGCAGUGAAGGAGAAGCUCUCCAUUGAGGAGGAGCUGGAAAAAUGUAUCCAGGAUUUCCUCAAAAUCAAAAUCCCAGACCGGUUUCCCGAGAGGAAACACCCCUGGCAAUCUGAACUGCUGCGGAAGUACCACCUUUAGGCUCAGGGUGGGGAGAGCACACGACCUUGUUACAUUAGAGACAAAUCCUAAGUGAUACAAAAAUAAUUCCCAAUAAUAAUUAUUUGUUAGGUCACCAAAACCAAAAUCCAUCUCUAGUACUGCCUAAUUUGCCUAUUUCACUUUAACAUUUCUAGUCGUAGGGUAACAAUAUUUUUUGCAGUCCUGGAAGCACAAUGACAAACGCUUUCGUUUGUAAACUUGGAGUCUUACACAAGCUGAAAACCUUAAGGGCACAACCAGACCCAUGCCAAGGGAUGGUUGCAUGCAGCUGCCAGUGCCGUGGGAGCGUGGCCUGGGAACAGGCAGGUCAGGGGGAUGUGAGCUCCGUGCCCUCUGUGUCCUCCUCGGAGCACAUCUGUUUGGAGGGAGGUGCACAGUGCAAAGCCCCAAGCUCUGCCGUGGCAGUUUAAGCAUGUGUAUAUAUAUAUAUGUGCAUAUAUAUAUGUGUGUAUAUAUAUCUCUGUGUGUAUAUAUAUAUGUAUAUAUAUAUAUCUAUAUAUAUAUAUCAAUAUAUAUUGCUUAAAGAUUUUCUGGCUCUCUCCUCAUAACUGCACUUUCUCAGAAAAGAGCAUUUUUUAGCCGUCUGUGGAUGUUCGGUUUCUUCUCCAGGUCUUUGAGGGCUGAACAGUAGAAGUCCAUCUCACUGUCUCUCCCCUGCUUCCUCUCCCUGUCCUUACCCCUGCUCUGAGACACUGUAAAUGCGUUUCAGUGGAGACCAGGGUGCAGUCUGUGGUUCUUCGUUACCAUCAGCAAAUACUCCCAUUUGUUUUGGAUGAUCUUGUCCCUCUGUGUCCUCCCCACACCUCUUGUGUUCCUCAAGGCUCCCCAGUGUCAGUGGGUUAAAGGUGUGCUGAUCCCAGCUGGAAAGCUGUAGGGCUGGUUCCACGGCUGUGUGUGGAGUGGCUGUGCUGGUUCUUGUGGAUGCCAGGCACGAGUGCCAGGAGUGUCUAUCCCAGCUGGCAGGGACAGAGGGCACUGUAUCCCAUCCGGCACGGAAGCACCCACAGAAAUCACCCACCCAACCGGCCCAGUGGUGCUCUGUGUGUGGGGAUCCAUUGUUGGAGGAGGGAGUAGGUGUGUGCCAAGAGAAAGUACAACCCCAGAAGGUACCUGCAUUCCAUCCCACAGAUCCCAUGGUGGGACAGCCAGCAAACUGCACCAUGUGUGCCAUGGGAAAGGCUGGUCCUGCACUGACCCACGGGGUGUGGGAGCGAGGGGAAAGGGAGCAGGUGGGUCUGUGGGGUGCAGAAGUGCCAAGGCCAGGUAAGGCCUGAGCAUGGCAGCACAGACUGGAGAGUGUCGGGGGGUUGGCAGGUGGCAAAGGCAUGGGAUCAGCCAAACCUGGAACAGGGGAGCGCUGGGGGGGCUCAGCUCUGGGGGCUCAGGCUGCCAGGGAGGGAAGCCAUGGACAGUGAUGGAAAACUUAAUUGCUCCAGCUAGCCUGUGUUGGCCAUAUCUGGGAACAACCUAGCUGGAGGAUUUGGGAUAAAUUUUUCAUUUUCUAAAGGCACAGAAAGAAGAUUUUAUAUAUAUAGAAAAACUACAGACAGUGACAUUGCUGGUAGCACAGAGCACUUGGAUUUUGACUUAUUUAGCAUCCUGCAGGUUUGAGGGCUUCCCACCUACUAAAUUCCAGAGGUUGCUGUGGGAGAUGCUGUCCCAUCUGCACUGGUUCUCUCUGUGAUCCUCAUGCAGUUCCAGCAAGAUGGAAACUUGGUUCCUGUGGGGUUCCAUCAUGCCCAGCUGGGACAGAGGGGUUUGGCAGAGAACUGCGAGGUCUUUACAAACACACAGGUGUGUUUUGGUGAGGAUGCACAUUUUACCAGCAAAAAUAGGAAGCAAUACUUGUCCAGAGGGAUCCAUAAGCAUGAGCUGGCUGUAGGGAGGGGGAAACCCUCCCAGCAAUACAUCUCCAGGUUGUUGGAGAACAGGGCUUGGAUGUGGCAGCUGGUCAUCACCUCUGUGGAGAUUGUACAUGGAGAAGGUGCCAUUCCUUACAGCUGGCAUGCCGUGUUGGUACCAAGGAUUGGGAAUUAGAGGCUCUGGGCUGGGAAAUGCUCAGUGAGGAAACAGAGCUUCCCAGAAUUGUGCUUUAGAAUGAGUUCAGGUUUUAGGACAUUCCCUCAUGCUGGAGUUCAGGCCUGGCUGUUGUGCCUCCUUCCACUUGCAGGCUCAAAAGGCACAUUUUCCUACAGAAACCAAUGUUUUGCACAAGAUCCACAAUUUGGCCCUGCUUAGUUAUGUUGUGGUUAGUUUAUAACAUUUUUCUUUUCCUGCUCAACAUUUUCCACACCUUGCCCUCCUGCUCUGGCACCAAGCAAGAAAAAAUGGGGAACAGCUAGGGCUCUCCUCAGGAUUUCCAGCAGAGAAUGAGGUUGGAAACAGGUCACCCUUGUUCCUCGGCAGCAGACUGGAGCUAAAACCUUGUCCUUUCAAUCCCGAUCUUUCCAAGUCUCUCUUUAAUAUGACAAAUAUUUGGGCUAUAAAAUGCAUGUGCCAGAGUGGAAGAACAGGCAUUGGAUGUGUGUGUGUGUGUUCUCAGGCUGAUGUUCCGGGGACACAGGAUUGCUCAAUGAUUAAUAACUGUGGAAAAAUUAGACCAAAUGAAAUGUGCCUGAGUGGGCUUGAUUUAUGUGGCCUUCAUGUCUGCAGUUUGAGAUGAAAUGGUUAUUACUCUCCAGUGCUACAGAAAUAAAGGUCUUAAACUUCAGUAAUCACAGGCAGGCCAAACCUGCUGGGAAACCCAGUUUGAGAUGGGGCUGGAGGAGGGCAGUGCCCAGACAUGGGGCUCGUGUGUGUUCAUGUGUGUUCUGCUGUGUAACUAAAGGGAUCUUGUUCUGGUCUGACUGCAUGUAUGGUUGUUUUAUGAGUGGCUUGUGUAGAACUGUGGCUGUGCUGCCAGGUUUUGUGCUGCUCACAGUGGCUGGUGGGGUGUAGGUGUAACACAGGAGCCUGGGUGGUGGUGGGGGGCUGUCACUCCUCCCCAACAGAGUCAGAGCUGUGUGGAUGCUGCCCAGAGCUCCCCUUCUCUCCAUCCUCACUCACUGCUCUCUCUACACCACCACUGUUCCAUGGCACACCCUCAAAAAGCCACGUUUGGGGCACCUCAUUCUGCCACCACUGGGCAGGGGCAGGGGAUGGGAGCAUCCAGCAAUGGUGUGGAAAAACCGUGGACAGGUAGAGACAGGGACCAGGGGAAUUAAAAAUGCUGCUCCAUGGUGGCCCCAUAGUUCAGCUGUGUGUGGCAGUGGGUCGGGAAAGAGCAAUCAAACCUUCUGCAGGCACCAGGAUGGUGGCAGGAGGGUGACAGUAACUCUGGAAGACCUAUUCCUAAAAAUAGUACCAUGGACAUAUAGAGACACAAAACUAUAUAGACUUCCAUAUGGUUGGAUAGAUAUAAUCACACUCCUAGGGAUGAAAGGCAGGUGCCAAUGCCUUCUUGGAAAGGUUGUUCCCCAUCCCUUAUGGGGUGGGCACCUCUCACUGUUCCCAGGAACAGGAAAUCCCUGCAAUAGGUGGGUGUCAAAGUGGUACCUCAAAGCCUAUGGCCAACAGGAGGAGGGGAACGCGGCCCAUGCUCAGUGUGCCCAGAACCUUCCUCCUACCAGGGCUUUUCCCUGAGGCUAUUCAGGGAAAUGGGGCCAUGAAGGGAAGAAUGGAGAUGAGGUAUUUCAGAGGAGAAAAGGAAACUGGAAUGAGAUUGCCAGAAAGGCAGAUGGGUUUUGGGCUCUAAAGUAUAUUGUACUCAAUUCCACUUUGUUUCAGUGAGAGAACCCAUGUCUCUCCCUAGGACAGUUUUGGUAGCAAUCCAAAAUUAAACUCAGUCCACAGAGUACUUUAUUCUUUCUAAAAUAUCUGGGGGGCAAACUGGACUUUGAGCUGCUUUCCACACAUAACGAAGACCAAAUAUAAGUUCUGUUGAAACUAACUGAAAAACUUACAUUGACUUCAGUGGGACUGAGGCUCCCCUAAAACACCUUUUCUCAAGAAAAAUGGGCACUUGCCCCAGUGAGGAUGAGUAAGAACAUACACAUCCAUGUACAUUGCUUGUGUGGCACAGGUCCAGUCACUUGGGGAUGGUGUAGCACAGCCAGUCUGUAAAUAUCAUGGCCUGGUCUAUAUAGUCUUACUUAAGCUUAGCUUAGGGUGCUGGGGAGGGAACGUGGUGAGCAACCCCUGCCCCUAUGGGCCGUGGGGUCGGUGACACAGCUCCUGUCACAGCCACCCACAUCCCACCUGCCCCAGUGCCCAUGACAACUUCCACCUCUCAUGGGCAGAAUUCCCAGUUCCCAAGGGUUUUGUUAUGUGCCCAAACACCUUGAGACACCUGAGCAGGACUCAGAGCAUCAGGGGGAGACGCAGGGAGAAUGUGUCAGUUUACACAGACCCACGGGGACCAAAUUAUUUUACCAUCUGCACACACUGUCCAGAGGCUUCACAGUGCUCUGGAGAACAUUUUGAUGUUUUAAUUCUAGUUUGGUGAGUCCAUUUAUUAAUUUCAUUUUCAAAUUGUGGGCUGAAGAAGAAGACAAGGUUGGGCUAUAUUGGCAAUGGCCAUCAUGUAACCAAGCCCUUCAGCUGUGUCCCAAUCUGUUCUCCCAGCCCUAGGAAGGCUGGAGGAAACUUUCCAGCUUCUUACCCUUCCCAAAGCCCUUCCUGCCACGGCGAGUAUGGACUUUCAGAGUACUUUAUGCAUAAGGCCCCAUGUGUAUCAUGGUACAAAAUAAUUGUCCAGUCUUAUGGAUAGUUUAUGCCCCAACGGGGUUUUGUAGAUUAAUAGUAAAAGGACAGAAAAAAAAAUAAAAAG